AGCCCAAAAUCAAUUCGGAUCCGCCUCCAUGGCUGCCGCUUCGCAGCUCCUCUCUCUGUUCUUCCUCCUCCUCCUCCCUGCUUGUGAUGCCAUCUACUGCGACGAAGACGACUGCUACGACCUCCUAGGGGUUAAGCAGGACGCGAACGCGUCAGACAUCAAGAAAGCGUACUACAAGCUCUCUCUCAAACACCACCCGGACAAGAAUCCCGAUCCGGAGUCGCGGAAGCUCUUCGUCAAGAUCGCCAAUGCUUACGAGAUUCUGAAGGAUGAAUCCACUAGGGCGCAGUAUGACUUUGCCAUUGAACAUCCGGAGGAGGUUUUCUAUAACACAGCUCAGUACUAUAGGGCAUACUAUGGACAUAAAACGGAUCCUCGUGCAGUGUUGAUUGGUCUUCUUCUAAUUGUUUCAGCAUUUCAAUACAUUAAUCAGCUAACGAGGUAUAACCAGGCCAUGAAAAGUGUCAAGCAAACUCCUGCUUACAAAAAUAGGUUAAAAGCUUUGGAGUAUGAGCGAACAGGAGGAAUUGCUAGCAAAAAGAAGGGCAUCAAGCAGGUGGAUAAGAAAGUUGAAGAAGAGCUAAGUAAUGAAGUUGAAUUGCAAAUUCAUGGGGUUGAAAAACCGUCUGUUUGGAGGCUGUUUGGUGUCCAAUUUAUACUUUGGCCUUACUCUGUUGGCAAGGCGCUUACUUGGAAGAUUUGUUGGUUUUGGAGAUACCGGGUAAAGAAAUUACCAUAUACAUGGGAGGAUGCUUGCUACUUGACCUGGAUUUCACUCCAAAUACCUGCGAAUGCAUGGAAAAAUAUGGAUGAGUCCAGGAAGGAGGACCUUGUGAGAAGACACCUCUGGGAAAAGAGCAACAUGGAGAGGUAUACUUCAGGGACGAGGAAGGAACCAAAGCGUAGGAGGUAGCUGUGCAACAUUUUUGACCUGAGACUACAGCAACUUUAAACAAUACAACAUACUCCUAUAUUGGAGUGAAAAGUUAUUGACCAGGCUUGAGUUCACCGAUAGCUAAUUGCUAGGAUCCCCGGGAAGUGGCAUGGCUAAGGAAUCAUGUUUGGAGGACAAUUCAUGUAAUAAAGUGAUCAAGGCGACUUUUG